AACGGGCUUUCUUUUCCCCGUUGGGGCUAAGUCCCGCCGUGGAGACGUUUACGCGUGCGUGGAAACGCUAUUACGUCAUACCUGAGGACGGACGACAUCCGCGGGAAGCGGCAGUUUCAAACCGAGGGAGCUAACUCCAACUAAUGACGCAUCUUUUUAAGGAAUAUGGCAGAUCAAAUCCAGGAAGGAGGCAUACAUUUCCCUUUCCCCUACACUCCUUACUCUAUCCAGAAGGACUUUAUGACAGAGCUGUAUCAUGUUUUGGAGGCUGGAAAGAUUGGAAUAUUUGAGAGUCCAACUGGCACUGGCAAAUCCUUAAGUCUCAUUUGUGGUGCCCUUUCUUGGCUUCGUGACUUUGAGCAGAAGAAGCAGCAAGAAGAAGCCCGGCUUCUUGAUUUGGGAAUUGCUCCACCAAAUCACUUGGAAGAAUCUCCCAAUCACACAUCUACUAGCCAGAGAGCCUCAGAUGCCUUAAGACCUUCUGGAGAGCCUGAUUGGAUUGCACAGUUUGUUCAGAAGAAAGAAGAAAGGGACAUGAUAGAUAGACUAAGGGAUGAACAAGUCAAGAGGAAGAAGCGAGAGGAGCGUCUCCAGCAGAUACGUCACAAUGCCCAUUUAAGAUAUGCAGCCAAAAGAAUGAGACAGGAAGAAGAAGAGAUGGAACGCCUACUGCACCUCAGCAAGGAGAUGCUAGCAGCAGCAAGCAGUGGGCAGUCAGAGGAAGAACUUGGCAGGGAAGAAGAGCUGAUUCUAGCUGAGUAUGAGAGUGACGAGGAGAAAAAAACAACCAGUGGAGUACAUGAAGAGGAUAAUGAAGAUCUAGAAGAGGAGCAUAUAACCAAGAUUUAUUAUUGCAGCCGAACACACUCUCAGCUGACUCAGUUUGUGCACGAGGUACAGAAGAGUCCCUUUGGUAAAGAGACACGGCUCAUCUCCCUGGGCUCCCGGCAGAACCUUUGUGUGAAUGAAGAAGUAAAGCGCUUGGGCUCAGUCCACCUCAUCAAUGACCGCUGUCUGGAGAUGCAGAAAAACAAGCAUGGUAGCUCUUCCUGUGACCUAGGGGAUAAGACAGAGAAGAAAAAUAAAGAGGAAGAAAAGGCAAAGAAAAGGAAGCUGGAGAAUAGAAUGUCCUGCCCCUUCUACAAUUAUGAGCAGAUGCAGUUUCUUCGUGAUGAGGUUCUCAUGGAAGUGAAAGACAUUGAGCAGCUGGUGGUCCUAGGGAAGGAGGCUCGAGCCUGCCCUUAUUAUGGAAGCCGAUUUGCCAUUCCUUCAGCCCAGCUGGUGGUCCUCCCCUACCAGAUGCUGCUGCAUGCAGCGACUCGUCAGGCUGCUGGCAUCAAGCUCCAAGGACAGGUGGUGAUCAUUGACGAAGCCCACAACUUGAUUGACACCAUCACCAGCAUCCAUAGUGCUGAGGUUAGCGGGCUCCAGCUCUGCCAGGCUCACUCCCAGCUGUCCCAGUACAUGGAGCGAUACAGGAAACUUUUGAAGGCCAAGAACCUGAUGUACAUCAAACAGAUCCUGUAUUUGCUGGAGAAAUUUGUGACUGUCCUAGGUGGAAAUGUGAAACAGAAUCCCAACACUCAGAACCUCUUUCAGACAGGGACUGAGCUGAAGACCAUCAAUGACUUCCUGUUUCAGAGCCAGAUUGACAAUAUCAACCUAUUUAAGGUACAGCGGUAUUUUGAGAAAAGCAUGGUCAGCCGAAAGCUAUUUGGGUUCACCAAGGAAUAUGGUGGUGUGUCCAUCCUUUCACCUUCUAAAGAACAAUCCAGGUUGGCUGGUUUCCAACACUUCUUGGAGAGCCUUCAGCCUGGGACUGGAGCAGCUCCAUCAUCUCCUUCCAGAGAGGACGAGAGCAGACCCCCAGAGUUUGGCUCUCCAUUGAUGCAGAUUGAAAGUUUCCUUGCUGCUCUCACCACUGCCAAUCAGGAUGGAAGAGUAAUUGUGCACAGACAUGGUAGCCUCAGUCAGAGCAGUCUGCGGUUUCUCCUCCUGAAUCCCUCAGUGCACUUUGCCCAGGUGGUGAAGGAAUGUCGGGCAGUGAUCAUUGCAGGGGGCACCAUGCAGCCGGUGGCUGAUUUUCGGGAACAGUUGCUAGAAUGUGCGGGGGUAGGAACAGAGCGUGUGGUCGAGUUUUCCUGUGGCCAUGUAAUCCCACCAGACAAUAUUCUACCCAUUGUCCUUUGCAGUGGGCCCUCAAAUCAACCUUUGGAAUUCAUCUAUCAGAAGAGAGACCUGCCUCAGUUGAUGGAUGAAAUUGGCCGCAUCCUCUGCAACUUGUGCAAUGUGGUCCCUGGAGGUGUGGUCUGCUUUUUCCCCUCUUAUGAUUACCUGCACAAAGUACAAGCACACUGGGCGCAGAGUGGUCUUUUGACUCGUCUGACAGUCAAGAAGAAGAUAUUUCAAGAGCCCAGCAGAGCAAACCAGGUGGAACAGGUGCUGACUGAAUACUCCAAAUGCAUUAAGCGAUGCAGUCAAGUGAGAGGUGUGAUGACAGGUGCCCUUCUCCUCUCAGUGGUUGGAGGGAAGAUGAGUGAAGGGAUCAACUUCUCUGAUGACUUAGGGCGGUGUGUGGUUAUGGUGGGCAUGCCCUACCCCAACAUCAAAUCCCUGGAGCUACAAGAGAAGAUGGCAUACCUGGAUCAGACCAGACCCAAUAGCCCAGGGAAAUCCUUGAUCGAAAACCUGUGCAUGAAAGCUGUCAACCAGUCUAUAGGACGGGCCAUUCGGCAUCGGCAAGACUUUGCAAGCAUCCUUCUCCUGGACCAGCGUUAUUCCCGUCCAUACAUCCUAGCCAAAUUGCCUGGCUGGAUCCGAGACCAGGUGUCAAUCAAAGCCACAUUUGGCCCAGCCUUUGCUGCUUUGCGGAAGUUUCACCGGGAGAAAUCUGAUCCUUCCUGACAGAUGAGCUUCACUCUCUACUACGUGCCUAAGCCUGCUACGUUUGCUGUUACUUCUAUAGGAGCUGUGGCUACAAAGACAAUAAAAUACAGAUGGAUGAAUCUAGCCCCAGCUCCUUUUGUCCUGUCCCCUGGUGGGAGGACUGGAGGAGUCAAUUAUAUGUUAGUGAAAAACACUUGAACAAAUUUCUAGGGCCUAUAUUCAAAGUAGAAGUUAGAAGAAAAGCUGGGAUUUGGAUUCAAAGACUGUGAAUUGAUGGUGCAGGUUAGAAUGUUGUAGCUUCUGUGUUGCAGCUCAAGACUGAAUCUGUUCUCAAUGAGAUGGAGAAGUUCCAGCAAGAGACUAAUAUGGGUGAAUUGCAUUUUAGUAAAAGUUUCAGGUAGUAUAAACAGCAGUGAAUGGAUUUUUUGCACUUGUUAGUGGUAGUUUUCAUUUCCCUCACUGCUGCUGUUUCAUGAAACACUGUCCAGAUCUUACAAGGAGCUGUCCUCAAACAGCUUCUCCUUAAGCAUGCCUUUGGGGUAUGUCAAUCUACCUUUGAGCAUUUAUCUUCAAAGAUUAGCCUUAGUUUUCCUGCAUUACCCCCAUAUUGAUUUAGAAUCUUGAACCCUAGAGACUACAUUUCCCACAAUCCUUUCUCCCUUUUCCUGUUUGUGCAUCUCCUUGUAGAUUGAGAUUUUGAGUUUCCUUUUUCCACCCAUGCUGGCUAUCUGGCUUGUACCAGCAUGAAGGGAGUGUUUUUUUCCUUUCUCUGGUUUUAAAAAUUUCUCUUUGCUCUAAGUGGAUUUUAAUAAACAGUAUUAAAAUAAUA